GAUGUUAUGAAACAUUCAACUUCGGAGUACCUACAUAACAGCUACUUUUUGGUUUUUAUUCACGAAAAGACAUGUUGGCUUCACCAGCAUCCAGCAUCUUUUCCACAAUUCAACUUUCUAAUUGUCUGCAAAUGCCAAUAUUUGGACUGGGUACGUAGCCCAUGUUUAUGCCAUUUUCAUUAAUACAUUCAGAAAAGACGUGGUGCCAGUGGCCGUGUAUUUCACUCAAGAAGACAACAAGUACUCAAUGUCUAUUGCAGUAGAGUGUGGUGUGCGUCACAUUGACACAGCAGAGCGCUAUGGCUGUGAGGAACAACUGGGCAAAGCUAUCAGAGACAGUAUGGUGCCACGGGGGGAUCUGUGGAUCACUAAUAAGUUAUGGCCAGGUAACUAUGGAUACCAGACAACAAAAGAAGCCUGCCUCAGAUCAUGCAAAAGGAUGGGUCUGGAGUAUUUUGAUUUAUAUCUGAUGCACUGGCCAGGGGCAUUUGAAAGUUGUCACUCUAACAGAGAGACAAGAGCAGAGACGUGGCGGGCAUUACAAGAACUUUAUGAAGAAGGGAUUUGCAAAUCUAUUGGAGUGAGCAACUUCUUGGUCCAUCAUUUGAAACAACUAAAAGAGGACUCUGGUGUGGUGCCACAUGUCAACCAGGUUGAGUAUCAUCCAUACCAGCAGCCCACCACAGUCCUGGAGUACUGUAACCAGGAGGGGAUUGUGUUUGAGGGAUACUGCCCUCUUGCCAAGGGUCAGCUCCUCAAUGACCCCAGGGUGCUUCAAAUGGCAGAAAAACACAGUCGCACUCCUGCCCAGAUCUGUAUUCGAUGGAGCUUACAGAAAGGAGUUGUUACAAUACCAAAAUCAACCAAAACAGAGAGAAUACGAGAAAACUGUCAGGUGUUUGACUUUCACCUGGAUAAAACCGACAUGGACACAUUGGCUAAAAUGCAUGACGGAAGACAUGUGUCAUGGGAUCCUUCAAAUAUACUGUGACAAAAUGCUUGUGAACAUUUAUGUGACCAGCAUUCAAUUUUGCCAUAAAAUCCCUCUCCUAAAAAAAAUAAAUGGAUACCAACCAGG